GUCUGAUCGCCCGCCCAUCAUGUUUGUGCACGGGGGCUCUCUGCCUACUAUUCGCGCUUACAUGCUAGCAGAAGCAGAAGGCUGAAUUAGCCGCUGGUCUGGGUUUGCCGCGCUCGUGGUCAUGGUCAGACACGCUCAUGAAGGCCAAGCUUGAUGCACCCAGAUUCCUGCGGCUCUUCUCUUUCAAUUCUGAUGCGCCCGCAAGCGCGCACAGCGUCUUGCCAAGUCGCUUCGUCGCCCCGCGAGCCGAGAUUCCAUCCCUGCAGGGCAGGCCGUCGUCCCACGGGCGCCUCACACUCGGCCUCCUCCCAGACUCCUGGGCCUGGGAAACGUCUGGCACAGCUGGCCUGCGGGAGGGAUGGGUUUCGCGUCUUGUCGGCCCCUUGGACUGCACCAAUACUGGGAACAGCCACAGCUCCACCGCCUGCCAAGCUCGGGAUGGAACAUCCCCAAGCUCUUUCGCUACCGGUGUGUCCACACUUCGCCCUUUCUCGACCCUACUCCGGACGUGGCCCACAGUCGACCUCCCGCCGAGUGGGCCGCAAGCAACCAACGGCUGUCAAGGGUGAGCAGCAGGUGCACCUCCGAGUCGCAGCUCUGCACGGCUCAAGGUAGGUUCUGGGACUUCUGGGACCUACAGUAUACCGGACUGGCAUCUCUGUGCACUUAUUAGCGCGCCCUGCAUCGUCACCUCGCCGGCUUUCCGCCAUGGCAUCUCACCAUCCGAUGGGCUCUCCCCUUCCCGUCUUGGCGACAGGGCUCUGUUUCCCCCCGGUGCUGUCAUGAGACUUCAUGGCACACCUCACAACGCGCCCGCCCCAGUGCUCACACGGCCAGGGGAAUCAUUGUUUCGCUGCAAGCACACCAGACCGUUACUUGUCAAACCACGUCGAUGCCUGGAUCGGGCAUGCGUAUAUAUUUUACAUAUAUCGUCUGGCUGUCGAAUUCGCUUUCCGUUUGGCAUCAUUGCAUUUCCAACUCGCCUUCGUUUUCGACUUUCACUUUCCUUCCUAUUCAACUAUUUACAUUCUCUUCUGCGUGUGCUUCAACCGCUAGGCCGGUCGGACUUUUCUGAUAUUUAUUUCUGUUACUUCAAGAUUCUCUGGAAGAUCUAACUAGGCACGAUGUCUCAAUUUCUGAAGUAUGCUCUACUAGUUGCCUAUGUCGAGGCGCGGUUCGGCCAGGAGCAGCUCCCCGUGGCGGCCAUCCAAGCCCUGUCAGACUUUGGCAACCCUGGUGAUGCUGGUACCCUCUCCGGUCAGGUCCCCGGUGUUCUUCUCGCAGCUGCCAGCCCUUGCGACAAGCUCUCCCUGGCUGACGAGAUCGUUGCUACUCUUGGUAACGAUGAUGCCGUCCUCGAGGCUGCCGCCGGCCUUGUUGCUGCUGAACAAAACUUCAACCCAUUUGCUGUCGACCAGCCCAGCCUGUGUGCCGACGCCACCCUUCCCGCAACAGAGGAGCUGCGUGGGAUCAUCCCCCUCGUCGACCCUGAUGUCGAUGGCGCUGACGCGGAGAACGCCGCGUCCGCUCAGUCCCUGGCCCAGCCCCUCGACGCAGAGGGGCUCUCUGUCGCCGACCUGACUGCUGCACAAGGCUUCACCACCUUUACAGCUGUAGACGGCGCUGGAAAUGCCAAUGCCGGUGCGGGAGCUGGAAACGCUGAUGCUGGAAAUGCUGAUGCUGGAAAUGCUGAUGCUGGAAAUGCCGACGCUGAGGACGAUGCGGCUGCUUGUGACGCCGGUCAGGCCGACCAGGCCGACCAAGCCGACCAAGCCGACAAGAACGCCGGCCAAGACCAGAAGCAGGACAACCAGAACAACCAAGGCAACCAGAACCAGGGCAACAACCAGGGCAACAACCAGAAUAACCAGAACCAAGACGACCAGGCUCAGAAUGGCCAAGACCAGAAUGCUGAUGCUGGUGCCAAUGCUGGAGCCGCGGGUGCCGACUUCGGCCAGUGCACUCCCACCAUGGAUUUCCAGCUGGGCCGCGAGGGACGUAAAGCGGACGAAGGCACCUUCUUGCCCUCGGACCCGCUCGUGGCCGAGGGACAGCAGGACGCUCUCAACCCAAACAUUAUCACGAACAGAAUUUGUGACCAGCUGGUGAACGUCUGCGAGGCUAACGACGCUGCUGUGGCUGCGUGUGAGGACGCGCAGGCACUGGUCGAGAGUCUGGGCACCAAGGACGAGACGACUGCUGAUGCGUUCAACCAAGCCCUGGGAUUCUAAGGAAUGAAAUUGACGCGGGGCCUGGGCUGUAGAGGUUUCUGCUCUAGUAAAAGGGCAUUGGUUUCUUAAUGAGGCACCUUUGGGGGUCCUCUUGUAUGUGUAAUGAACGUGCAUGUCGGCAAAGCCAGAAUAGUACUAGUAAUAUCCA